UGGCUGCCACCCACCAUGCCAGUAACCAACUGGUGGCAGUGAAGAUGGUCAGCAAAAAGCUUCUAAUUAAGGACGACCCGGCUUCCGUCCUGAUCGAGAGGAAGGUCCUGGAGAUGGUUGAGAGCAGCAUUUACUGUACUCACCUCUAUGGCGCCUUUCAGACAGACAAUUACUUAUUCUUUGUAAUCGAAUACCUGAGCGGAGGAGAGCUGAGGAAGAUGAUAACCAACAAACAAACAGUUUCCAUCACCAACAUCAGACACAUGGCAGUGGAGCUGCUUUGCGGUUUGCAGUUCCUACAUUCCAAAGGAGUCGUGCACAGGGACCUAAAGCCUGAAAACAUCCUUCUAGAUGAGAAAGGUCACGUGAAUAUCGCAGACUUUGGUCUGGCCUUGACCAACAUGACUGGGAACAAGAAAGAGACGGAACGCGCCGGAACAGACCGUUAUAUGGCACCAGAGGUCCAUGAAUCUAAACCAUAUGACAGAAUGGCAGAUUAUUUCUCUCUGGGAAUAAUUCUGUUUGAAGUGGACUUCAAAUAUCACCCAUUCUACGUUGGCGAGGACAAUGACAAGGUGAAGAAAUCCAUACUCCAGGAUGAGCCAUGUUAUCCAGAAGAGGCCAACCCUAAUCUCCUGGACUUACUGGCAAAGCUCCUGCGCAAAGACCCGAAGACCCGCAAAAAGGAUGUUGCCAACAUAAAAGACCACCCAUUCUUCAAUGGAAUAAAUUGGGAAGAGCUCCAAGUGAAGAAGCCUCCCCCCCAUUUCAUAUACAUAAGAAGAACCCCGAAACCAUACAAAAAAAUAAAAUGGAGCUGGAAGAAAUCACAGACCAAACAAAGUCUGUUAAAGCCAAGGAUCAGGAAAAGUUUGUUGGUUUUUCUUUUGUCAGCGACAAAUGGAGAACCUUGUAGAAAGGAAAUGAAAGACCUCAUAAACCAAGAAGAUAUUUUAUCUAAGGAACAUGGCAACCAGGAACAGAUCCACUGCUGAAUCGGAGCUGAUCAGGAUGGACAUUAGCUUUUAACUUCAAUGCCUGUUCAGUUUUUUAAGG